CUAGCUGCUGCGAGGAGAAGAUACAAUACAAGUCUUACCGCUGGAAUCUGAGUGACAUUACGAAGUAUCUGCUUAGUGUAUUAAUAUUAUUUGUAAUUUUGAUACAAAUGCAUAUUCAGACGUGCCCAUUGAGAAUUGGAAACUUAAGCUUAGAUCGAGACUCAACAAUCGGUGGCAUUUACAGUAGCACUCUGUGAAGAGAUAUAAGACGUUCACAUGAAAUGGAUCUUUGUGAAUGGUUCGUUUAUUAAUCAUGUGAUCGCAACAGUGAAUUUUAGUAAGACCCUGUAUGUGAAUGAUUGAUUAUUCACGUCAGUGUCAGCUAGACCAUCAUCGAUGGAAGCUUGUUAUCAAGUAUUUUGCGAGACCAAUUCUACACAAUUCAUCAAUUUCACACUAACAUAUCAUUUGAGGAUUGUACUAUUGUGAUUGGUUGAGGAUGGGUGGAGUUGUUUGCUUAGCAACCUUACUGGUGCUUUUAACCAGAGCUCAGGCUAUUGAGUAUGGAGGGUACAGUUAUGCCAGGUCUGACGAAGAUGGAAGGUUGGCAGGAGAUGUCCAGAAUUGGGCCAUACUAAUUCAAAAUUAUAUUCUUCAAGUUACAAGUGAUGGAUUACAAACUCAAUGGACUCAGAAGUUUUAUGAUCUUGCAAAUUAUACAAUUGACAUUAAAAAUGGAAGUAAAACAAUUGAAAAAGUACAAGGAAUUCUGGGAGAUUAUUUCACAAAGAAAGAAGAGGCGGCAAAGAGGAUUGUUAAGGAAAUUGCAAGUCUUCACAGCAAAUUUCAUGCCAACAAUACAUAUGAGCACCUCUCAGAGGUUAAGUCUGAUGAAUAUAAGGAUGCAGAUAUCCCAAAACUCUUGCCCAAACCCCUAGUGUUCAACCCUUAUUUUAAACAGAAUGUAAGUAUGACAAAGAGUACUGUGAAAAUAUCAGAUGAAGUGCCUCGAGACGACAACAACACCAUUCAGACAAUCCUUAUGUUCCAGGGAUUAAAUAAAGUGUUUACAGAGAACUCAAAGAAAGAUCCUUUACUACGAUGGCAAUAUUUUGGAUCUUCUGAGGGUAUGGUGUGGACCUUCCCAGGACGUGAAUGGGAUACAAAUUUCGCUGGUUUUUACAAUGACUACGACCCAAGAGUACGGCCUUGGUACAUCGCAGCUACGAGUGGACCCAAGGAUGUAGUUAUUAUAAUGGACUGCAGCUAUUCCAUGAAUGGCAAGAAAUUUGAAAUCACCAAACAAGUGGUAAGCGCCGUUCUGAGCACGCUCACUAAGCAAGACUACGUGAAUGUAAUUUGUGCACGAGCUAGCCAUUGGGAUGAAGUGGGAAAAUGGCAUUAUUACAACACUGAAGUAUUGAGCUGUAAAGAUGAUCGGCUAGUGCCUGCAUCCACCGCUCAUCGAAAAGACCUCAAUGAAAAGACAGGCAACCUGAUACCAGGAGGAACUAGUGAGCUUAAGAAGGGUUUUGAGAAGGCCUUUGAACUUUUGAAUGGCCCAUCACGAACCGGUUGUCAAACACUGAUUGUUCUUAUUACUGAUGGUCUGGAUACGGAUGGUGAAAGUGUAAGAUGCGGGCCAGGUUACUACACAAGAAGUGGUUACGUUCCUGGUCCAAUUUGUCGCUACAACUGGACAAAAGUGUUUGAUUUUGUUUCUGUAAUGAAUAAAGAUAUGAGUCCAAGGACUAGAAUUUUUAGCUAUUUAACAAAGGCAGAUGGAGAGGAGUUUCCUGGUAAAUUAGCGUGCGACAACGGAGGUCACAUGCAGAAGCUGGAGGAUGGUACCAACCUCAUCUCCCAAAUGAGUGAUUACUUUGAUUUCCUUGUUACCAACUCUGUCACCCAAGAGGGCCUUUGGACUGCCCCUUAUCUGGAUGCAUGGGGGCUGGGUUUAAUGGUGACCUAUGCGAUACCUGUUGUUAGCACAUCUAGUAAAAAGUUGUUAGGAGUAGUUGGCAUCGAUGCAACCCUAGAUGAGAUCGAGAAUUUGAUCGUUAGUGAGAAGUGGGGAUCAGUGUAUGCAUUCCUCAUCAAUAAGGAGGGAGAAACCAUUUUUCAUCCUCUUCUAAAACCCAGUAGUAAAUUAUCAGAUGAUCCGAUAUUUAUCACAAUAUCAAAGUUAGAACAACGUGAUGGAAAACCGGAGAAUUUCAGUAUCGUAGAAAAUAACAUGAAGGCGGGCAAAAGUGGAUUCACAUACAUCAAGAAUGCGGUCAGGGGAGUACCUAAGGGUGAUUUUUCAGAUGGAGUAAAGGUUUUUAUUAUGCCUGCAACUUACUACUACACAUCACUCAACCAAUCUGAAUACUCAUUUGCCUUCAGUUUGGCUGACACAGACUCAACAUUUCGCCGUUCAAAUGAACCGCAAGAUAAAUCAUCCCUACCGAUGAGUGUCUUUAACAUUUUGACAGAGUACAACAGUCCAUUGGCAAAGGAACGUUUAAAUAAGAAUGGUUCUGAUUUGUACAAGGAGAUGGAGAUAAAGUAUGAUGAGCCUAAAUAUAAGGGACUGACAGUGACUUACAAACAUUCCUCAGUAAAAUUUGCGCCAAAAUGUUACUGUAACCCAAACAAGUUUAUCUUUGAUGAUGACCUCGCCAUGAAGACUGUGAUGGCGCAUGAAUUCAUGAAUGGUGAUGACAAUCCUGGUUGUCCAAAUGGAACCUUUGAAAAGAACAUCAAAGCUGAUGUCUUGAUAACGUCUCAAAUUGAAGCAAUCUGGAAAAAGCGCAACUUUGACCUUUUAAAAGAUGUAAAGUGGACAUAUAUUGGGUGUCGAAGUGGAGUGUUCAGGACAUACCCAGGUCAUAGGUCAAGUCGCCCAUACGACCCAACGAAACGGCCGUGGUAUCACCGUGUAAUUGUAAGUCCACACAAGACCUCAAUCUCUACAGCAUAUAUGGAUGCCGCUGGAGCCGGCAAAAUCAUUAGUAUCUCCCAGGCCAUCUUUGAAGGCAUGCAGACCCGGAACAAAUCAGAAUGCGAAGGAAAUGAGGGAGGACUUAUCAUUGGAGGAUGUGUCUGCACUCAUGAUUCCGAUUGUGCAUCAUCUCGAUGCUACGUUAGUGAUGCUCCGAGUUACACAGACAGGUCACGACCACGCUGUGCCAUGGAGCGAGUGGAAGCUGUCACCUCGCUCGAUAUUCUCUAUAACGAUUUCCACAAUGCUGUCUAUGAACGAAUGGAAGCUACAGACAACAAGCACUCGUGUGAUCAGGAAUAUCUAUGUCCAGAUGGAGAACCAGGCUGCCAAACAAGGUGCUAUUUGUUUGAUAAGAAUGCAAACAUCGUGAUCGACUACGAUUUCUUGAAGGCAACGGCAUUAGAUGAACGUAAAUACAAACGUGUUUCCCUCGGCAAGAAGGAAGGUGAAGUGAUGCAUGAGUUAAUCUACAAACACCAAUUUUUUGUACGUAAAGAGCAAAUUGAUUUUCAGGGAUCGUGCAGCGUGUCUCCGUACGCCCCAAAGGUAAGCCUUGAAGGCAUUCCUAUGACUCCUGGGGAGCUGGACAACUACUACAAAAACAAGGGGCCAACCCCCUCCUUCUCCAACUCAUUUGGUUGCAUCCAAGAUGUAGUGGGCUACCAAGCAAACGAUAGUGUUAUAGAGACUAAUGGUAUCAUAACUGGAAAUGUGUCUGGUCCAUGCAAAUCAGGUUUCUACUACGUGUCAUCAUUGCCCAAGACCAAUUUGUAUUUACUUGUGAUUGAGAAUUGGCGAAACACCAAGGAACGUCACAAUUACUUCAAUUUCAACUGUAAAAUAACCAACUCCAUUGCUGGUACUGGGGCUUUCCGCAUCGUCAACGGAACGUGUGCCCACAACGACGAAAAAAGAAGUUUAGCGCAGCAGGAUAAAUGUCCCAGGAUAAAUGAUAUUGACAUACCAUGCUUUUAUAAUGGUGCAGACACAAUUAAAAAAACAUUAUUUCUGUUGCUGUUUUUAGCAUCAAUUAGCUGGUAUUUAUAAAUGUUCAUCAGUGUGUUUGAUUUAUCUUUAUUUAUUUCAUUUAAUAUUGGUCCAAAGGGACAUCUGUGCAUUAAUAUAAAAUUCAUUAAUUACUAGUCUCAAUUAAAUUAUCUGAACGGAUUACACCAUCUUAAUAAUGUAUUUUUAGGGAUUACUUGUUACAAGUAAAAUAUUUUUAGAGAUUACUGAUUGUAGAUAACGCAUCAAAAGAGAUGCCUGUUCUUAUUCUACAAUCUGUGUGGUGCAAGUGCAUACUCUCCAUUUUUGGAAGGCGGUCUUAAGAUCUUUUUAAGUGAUAUCAGCUUUUAUAUAUACAAAAAAAAAUCAUUCAGAUAAUUACAAUAUACAGUAUGAUGUCAACUUGAUAAAAGCAAAAUGGUAAUCAUAGUGCAAUUAAUAGCAAUGAAAUCAGUAUUAGCAAUAUACUACUACAUUUUAUAUGAAAUUUUAAGAUUCAGAAUUGGUAGGUAGGUGGUGACUGUCUGAAUUAAGGGAGAGAUGAUGUGCUGAAUGUUUGGAUUUGUGGGGUAGGAUAGUGGGUGGGGUGAUAAAUCUUUGAAUUUAAUUAGGGUUAUACAAUUUUGCCUGGCUGUGCAUAAUGCUAAAGUUUGUUCUAAUUUUAGUCGCUGUAAGCGCUCUUUUUGGUCAAAAAUAUACUUGGGUUUACAGAGCACAUACAGUAUGAGUAAGUGUUUAUUUAUCUGUAAAAUUCAUUCUAUUAACAGAUUUAGAAAAAAAACUCUUAGGUAUUACUAUCAUUAUAAAUAUAAUAAAAUAGAAACUAAAAAUUGCAUGUGAAUUUUACAAAAAGUAUUCUUUUUUACAUUUUUUGUAUUUUUGAGAUUUUCCCCAAUACUAUCCACACUGCCUCUCAUCUAGCCUUCUUUUGACCUUUGACAUAAUCACCUGAUUUUAAAACUACUGGAAUUAUGUUAAUGUCUUUUGUAAGUAGUAUAAAUUUGUUACAAAUUGAAUUGUCCCAUUUAAUGUAUCUCUUUUAAAGAAUGUGGAGACCAAGUGAAUUUCUUCUCUAUACAGGACUAUGUGGAGUGUAAAAUUUGAGGAUCAUAAAUAUGCAAUGUUUAGACAUACUGUAUAAUGUAGUUUAGAUGAGAUGUACAUACACAC